AAGUUAACAGAGGAUGAUCAGAAUUCGGUGUUACAAUGUCCGAUGAGCCCACCGUCGAUUUUCUGUCCCAAAAAAUUGAGGAACCUCGAGAAAUCCGGCGAAGGAGAUGCAAAUGAUUCGUCUCCAAUCAGUCGUUUACCAGACGAAAUCAUCCUCCUAAUAUUAAACAGAUUAAUCGAUUUGAAAACCCUUUGCUUUUGCUAUCUGGUUUCCAAACGUUUCUUCUCGAUUGUACUUCAAGUCGAUGCCAUUUCCUUCGCUUCUCCAGUCUUAAACCCUCACAUUUCCGAUAAAAACACCAUCCCAAGUAAGUCGUUGCUGCGCAUGAUUUCGUCGUUAUAGUGUGAGUCGUUUCUAUCUGCCUAUAGGUUUUUGAUCAAGUUUAAAGGAGUGAAGUCGUUAUGUAUCGAACUUCUAGCUCCGGGUCAUAGUGCUGUCGAUAGUCGUUUGUUCAAAUGGAAGGUUAAUUUCACGAAGAAAAUUGAAUCGUUUAUAUUUCUGUGGCCGAAUUCACUCUGAAAGAGAACUGAUGCUGUGUUUAUAUUUAUGUCAAUCGUAUGCUUUAGUACACAGAAAUACAAGAUAUAUAUACAGUAGAAUAAAAAAAGAAAACCCACAAUAUACGGAACUAUGAAACUGUAUACAGAAGACUAGGAAGACUAAUUGAAUACUUCAAACCAAUGUUGAACACGUGCAUUUUGAUAUUAGCCCCCGGCAAGCGCAAGGACGGGACGCACUUGCAGCUUGGUACGAAGAGAAAUAAUACGAUCCUUUGAUAAUGGUUUGGUGAAGAUAUCCGCUAGCUGGUCAACAGAGGAAAUGUAACAAAUUUUGAGUGUACCAUUCUCGACAUUUUCUCGGAUGAAGUGGAAGUCUAAGGCAAUAUGCUUUGAACGAGUGCUUAUGACAGGAUUUUUACUCAUGAAAAUAGCUCCGACAUUGUCACAAAGAAGCAUAGGUUGCUUUGUUAUAGGAGCAUGUAAUUCAUGGAUUAACUGUUGUAACCACAACAUUUCUGCAGUGGUAUAGGCUAAGGACCGAUAUUCGGCUUCGGUACUUGAGCGUGCCACAACCCUUUGCUUUCGAGAGGUCCAGUUAAUCAGAUUUGAACCAUGGAAAAUGGCAUAACCAUAUUGGGAGCGACUAUCUUCUUUGUUUGAUAUCCACCCGGCAUCAGAGUAUGCAAGGAGGUAAUUGGCUGUAGUUGGUUUGAACUGUAAGCAAUGAUGAGAAGUGCCUUUUAAGUAUCGAAGGAUGCGUUUGGUGGCCUGCCAAUGAUGUGUUGUUGGAGAGUGCAUAAACUGACACACCCGGUUGAUUGCAUAAGCUAUAUCGGGACGGGUAAUUGUGGCAUAUUGAAGGGACCCCAUAAUCUGGCGAAAAAAUGUUGGAUCAUGAAAUGGUUCACCAUGAUGUGUAAGCCGAGAAUUAGGAUCUGGUGUAGAGAUGGGUGUGGAAUCUUGCAUUUUGCUGCGGUGAAGUAUGUCUUCAAUGUAACGCUGUUGAGACAGAGCAAGUCCAGUAGUGGUGGCAGUGAUUUGUAAACCCGAAAAAUGAUGGAGUUUACCAAGGUCCUUUAGAGCAAAAACCUUAUUGAGCUGUUGUAUAAAUUGUUGAAUCUGAGGAGCAUUGCUACCUGUGAUUAUAACAUCAUCAACGUAGACAAGAAGGUAAAUGAUGGAAGUGGAGCGAAUGUACACAAACAAUGAAGUAUCAGCUUGACAGGCUUUGAAUCCUUGAGCAACUAGAUAUUGUUUGAGUUUGUUAAACCAAGCUCUGGGAGCUUGUUUGAGGCCGUAGAUGGCUUUAUGGAGUCGACACACAUGAUGCGGGCGAGAGGGAUCUUCAAAGCCACGGGGUUGUUUCAUGUACACAACUUCUUUAAGAUCGCCAUUGAGGAAGGCAUUGUUGAUGUCAAGUUGCCGAAUGCACCAACCAUGAGAGAGAGCAAUUGAUAGGACUAGGCGAAUUGUGGUGGGUUUAAUGACAGGGCUAAAUGUGUCAAAAUAAUCAAUAUUUGCCUCUUGACUGAAACCUUGAGCCACCAAUCGAGCUUUAUAUCGCUCAAUCUUGCCAUCAGCACUUCUUUUAAUCGUGUAUAUCCACUUACAACCAACAACAUUGACAUUAGUAGGACAAGAAACAAUAGACCAUGUGUUAUUUCUUAUGAGAGCAUCAUAUUCAUUUUGCAUUGCUUGCUGCCAGUAAGGGUGUUUAGUAGCUUGUAGAAAAGUGUGAGGUUGAAAGUCAGAUGUAGGGGAGACGGAGGUGUGAAAAACCUUUGGUUUUAGAGAGUUAGUGUGUGCGCGAGUUACCAUUGCAUGAGUAUUAUUUGUGGCAGCGCGAUAAUGGGAGGUAGAGGGCUGAUGUUGUUUGGCAUGAGAGCUUAUGGUAGAUUGUUGGUACAUAGGAGUGGUAGGUGUGGAUUGAACAUGAGUAGAUGAGGCAGAAGAAGAUGAAGAUGAGAAAGAAGGUAGAGAUUGAGGAGGAGUGAAUGGUGGUGUCGCAGAGGAGAGAGUAUUUGCCUAAGAAAGUAAGGUAGAAGUAGUAGCAGGAGGGGAGGGAGGAAUGAUUGAACUAGGGUUGGAGGAGGGUGUCAAAUAUGGAAAGACUUCUUCACUGAAUACCACAUGGCGAGAUACAUAAAUCCUAGAAGAAGGUUGAUGAAAGCAAAGAUAUCCUUUGUGUGUAGUGCUGUAGCCAAUAAAUAUACAAGGAAGAGAACGAAAAUCAAUUUUAUGAUUGUUAUAAGGUCUAAGAAAUGGAUAACAUAAGCAACCAAAAGUUUUGAGAAAGGUAUAAUCCGGAUUUUUAUUAUAGAGCAUUUGAUAGGGUGAUUUAAAGUCGAGGACAGGAGUGAUUGUGCGGUUGUGAAGGUAAGUGGCAGUCUUAAAGGCAUGCUCCCAAAAAACUUGGGGAAGCGAGGAUUGAGCUAAGAGUGUGAGACCUUUCUCAACAAUAAUGCGAUUGCGUCGUUCUACCGCACCAUUUUGUUCUUGUGUAUAAGGACACGAGACGCGGUGUUGAAUGCCAUGGGUAUGAAGAAAGGUGGAGACAUUGCGAAACUCUCCACCCCAAUCAGUUUGUAGUGCUUUAAUGUCACGGUUAAACUGCGUGUUAAUCAUUUUUUGGAAUUGAACAAAUGUAGAAAAAACUUGAGAUUUUUGUGACAGAAAAUAAAUCCAGACAAAUUUAGUGCAAUCAUCCACAAACAGCAAAAAAUAACGACUUCCAUUAAGUGAAAACAGUGGAGAGGGUCACCAAAUAUCCGAGUACACUAAAUCAAAAGGAAAUUUAGAAGUAACAUGAGUAGAGGGAAGAUGAAGUCUAUGACUUUUUCCCAGUUGGCAUGAAUCACACACAUUUGGGAACUUAUUGGAGGAAACGGGAAGGUGAAAAGAGGAGAUGAGGCGUCGCAGAAGAGGCUCAUGAGGGUGAGCAAGGCGCUGAUGCCAGCCAUGAACAGAGGUGCGGACACCAAUUAGAGCCAUCUUGGAACAUCUUUUAUUUGGAAUGGUUGGAAGCCGAUACAAGCCUUGGUUAGCAUCCCCCUGGAGCAGAGUUUUUCCCAAAAAGUUCUUAAUAAAACAGUGAGUGGGCCAUAGUUCCAUGUAAACAUGAUUGUCAGCAGUUAAUUUGGAAAUGCUCAGUAAAUUUUUGGUUAAAUUAGGAACUACUAAAACAGAUGGCAAGCGAAGAUUAUGCAAUGAACUGAAACCCACAUUUGAAAUAGACAGAUGAUUACCAUUUCCGACCUUUAUUUUGUCAUCACCAGUGUAUUCCUCAGCAAUGUGGAGCUUAUGGAUGUCAGGGGUGACAUGAUCGGUUGCUCCGGAGUCAAAAUACCAGGCUGGAUCCAUGACGGUAGAGGAAGUGGCAGCCUGAGCCACAUUGGCUUGACGAGUGGAAUCACGUGGGUUGGGUCGUCUGGAGGGAUAAUCAGUUUGAUUAUUACGCUGCCAACAGUCGAUGGCCUCAUGACCGGGUCUAGUGCAUAGUUGACAUAUGGGACGUCGUCGCCGAGAAUCAUUGCUACGAUUUAGAGAUGCAGUGUUGGAACUGCCACCAUGGGGUGAGAACCGGGUAGGAGAGUGAUGAGCAGCAAGAGCAGUGGAACCGGAGAGAGGUGAAGCAGGUGUGGUUGCUGGAGAGAGGACAGAGGCAUGAUGAUGAUGUUCCUAUUCAAUUCUUGCCUCUUCUUGAAGAAGAAACCCGGCUAGAUCAUCAACUGUAGUGACAUCUGAUUUGAGCAUGAAGGCAGUGGUAAAGGCAGCAUAAGAUGAGUCCAGACCACUGAGAAUAUGACCAAUUAGAUCAUCUUCUGGAAUUGGUUUAAGUUGAGCUAAGGAAUCUGCAAUUGACCUUUUGCGUUCAAGGUAUUCGAUCAUCGAAAGGGAGCCUUUGGUGAGCGUCUGUAAUUGUAACUUCAUCGCCAUCUGACAGGCUCGGAUUUGAGAUUGGAAGGUCUUCUCAAUCGAGGUCCAGGCCAUAUGGGAUGAGGAGGCCCGGACAACUAGGGCUAGGGCACGUUCAGAGAGGGUCGAUUUGAUCCAAAGAAGCACAAAGCGAUCUCGCUUUUUCCAGGUAAUGAAAUCGGGGUUGGGCUGAGGUAUACGUUCUGUUUUUGGAUUGUCGGCAGAGACUGUGGGCAUAUAGGUUUCCGGUGGCGGAUUCGGUUUUAGGAUGAAUGAUUCUAGGUCAAAUGUUUCUAGAGCAGAGACAAUAGUGGAGCGCCAAAGGUCAUAGUUAUCCCGAUCGAGUUUGAUGUUGAUUGGCGGGAUUUGGAGAUUUUGGGAGGAGGUUGUGGCAUGGACCAAAAGAGACUGACCUGAAUUGGCCAUGGAGGAGAAGAAAACGAUGAAUUAGAAAAAAUAGCCAAGGCUCUGAUACCAUAAAGAGAACUGAUGUUGUGUUUAUAUUUAUCUCAAUCGUAUGCUUUAGUACACAGAAAUACAAGAUAUAUAUACAGUAGAAUAGAAAGAGAAAACCCACAAUAUACGGAACUAUGAAACUGUAUACAGAAGACUAGGAAGACUAAUUGAAUACUUCAAACCAAUGUUGAACACGUGCAUUUUGAUAUUAGUGAUAAGGAUGGAUUUUGUGUUAAUGGAAAUGGGGAUGAAGAAGGAAGCCUGGAAUUAAACAGUGAUUUGUUGAAGAACAAACAUAUCAUUUCGUUUCAGUGUCUGCAGGAUAUCACGGCAUGGCAUGUGAUGUUGUUGUACCUGGUUAAUGAUCUACCCAUGUUGGAAGAGGUAUCCAUUAGCGAUUCAGGGAGAAGAGGGAGGCUUUCUCUGAGUGGGAAAAAACUCAGCGAGGUUAAGGAAUGGGUGCAUUCAGCUUCGGAAACUGUGCUGAAUCGUGUAAAUGUUCCUACUAUAUUGCGUAACUGUUAUAUUCCAGUUUUUAAAUUGCCAGUUUCAGGGUAUGUGAUGAAGGGGAUAUAUUUUUGUGUAAUGGAAAUGAAAGAUAUGGAGGGUGGAAAUGAGUUUCUUAUGAGCAGUGAAUAUGGUGGUUUUGAAGAUAAAGAAGAGUCUGCAUAUACUGAAGCUAUCGUGGAGAUUUUGAAGAAGUAUAAAGGCAUGAUGCUUACUCAGAACCUGUGGUGGAACCUUGAUGAGGAAGCUGGGCAACAUGCUAGGUUACAGUUUCGAAUUUCAGAGCCAUAAAUACUUUUGGAUGCACAUAACUUGCUUGUUGGUUGUUUAAUCGAAAGUCAUGAAGUCUUGGUGCUUUGUUAUAAAUGUAGGUUUAAAAAUUGUUGAUUUUGGUUAACUAAUAUGCAUUUGAAAGUUGUUUUUGUUAGAAGGGUAAAAUAGUAAUUUUUAUCAUUCAGUACCAGCUACACAAGCAACAGUCGUUAAUUCGUUAAUAA